AUGGCACAAACCUUGGAGUCCUUCACGAACAAAGUGAUAUCAGUGAUUACGGGGGAUGGUCGGAAUAUAAUUGGGCUGAUGAGAGGUUUUGACCAAACAAUCAACCUAGUUCUUGAAGAUUCUCACGAACGCGUUUUUAGUGAAGAAUCAGGUGUUGAGCAGAUUCCGCUUGGGCUAUACAUCGUGCGUGGUGAUAAUGUAGCGGUGGUUGGUGAAUUAGAUGAAGAUCUGGAUAAGCGAUUAGAUUUUAGCAAAAUGAAAGCGCCACCGUUGGGUGCAAUAUGGCUAUAUAUGUGA